AUGGAUCCUUUAGAGGUACCUACCUCGGCAGUGCCCGCCGUACCCACCCGUACUGUAUUUAUGGUUCCACCAGGGGUACCACCGGCAUGCUCGACACCUGCUCCGGUCGAGCCUACAGCGUACCAGGCACCACCACCACCUGGACCUACCGUGUACCCGGCACCAGCGGCACUCGUGCCCUCGGUGCCUACUGCACACCUGAGACCCACACCAGCAGCAACAGUUGCUCCACCUCCGGUACCGCCACCCACCGUACCUCAAGCCGCGCCCACCUAUGUUGACCCUGCAAUGCCACCAGUGGCACCUGCCCCAGCUUAUGCGGCAGCACCGGGGGUGCCUCCCCCGGCCUAUCCAGCGGUAUCACCUGUAGUACCAACUCCAGGGAUUCCGCCAAUUCCCGCGACAAUCCCUACUCAUCACAUGGAUAUUGUCGUGGCACGAGCCCAGAUCCAAGCAUUGGCAAAGUCAAUGAAGAGUUGA